AUGGAGUAUCCGUGCGCUCAAGCUGCAUGCUCCAAACUGAGGAAAGUAACCUGCAUGUUCAUCCCCUCACUCCACCAUCUCAUCACCAUUCAAAUCAACAGGAAGGGAAUGUGCGAGGACAAAGACAUAAUCAUCAACGGGAACUUUGAAAACAUAUUCUCCCUUAUGAUGCUGAAGGACACCAUCUUCACCAAACACUUGUACGUUGCUGGAAAUCACAUUAUCUCCAGGAUGUUCGACAUGUGGCAGGGGAUGACCAUCAGAAUCCUGAGACUUGGUAGGAAGCUGAUCCUGGAGCUGCCCCUGGUGAUCAGUAUGAUCCUAUUCAGUGGUACUAGCAGCAGAACGAGCAGUGUGAGCAGCCAGGACUCUUGUAUAAUUAAGGCAGAACAGUGUGUUUUAAAGGAAUAUUUUAAGGCAACAUGGGGUAGCAGAGUGGAGGGACAGGGGAACAUUACAGUCAUAUAG